UAGUGGGGACUAGUUUUAAUUAGUUGUUAUCCUACACGACUCUUCAUUGCAAUUUUUUGUUGUACAUGUAAUCUAAGCAUUAUAUCACGUUGGUUUAUUUUUUCUAUUAAUGGACCACACUAUCAACUUGUCAACAACGAUUAAGUAGACUAUAUAUAUAUCUUUUAAGUUUUCACAUUUGAUUCAUUCACUUACCAUUUACCAACCAUACCAUACCAUACCAUACCAAAAACACACCUUCUCUUUGCAGUCACCAUGGCAUUUUCCUACCUCCUUCCUACACCAUCAUACUCUCAAGGCCACCACCACUGCCACCGGAAAACGAGCUUUCGAAGGCGGUGUUUGACGAUUGUAAAGCAGCACAAGACAAGAAUUUACAUCUUACGGCGUUGUGUUACUAUGCUUCUUUGUUGGCAUGAAUGAUCAUGAAGAAAAUUGUCCAAGUUUAAGUUAUGGUGUUUUUACUUAAAAAAUCAUGAUAGUAUGAUAAUUGAUACCUCUUCAAUGGUGAACAAGAUUAUACAGGGCUUUAAGAUGGAGAUGGGUAGGACUUUUUGGGAGCAUCAGCAAUUAGCAUAGGAAAUGGAAAAAGAAAUUAGCAACUUUUUCCAUGGUGUAUAUACAUAUGUAGCAUGUAGGACAUUUAUUUUGUGUAAUCUCAUUUCAUGUUAGCUAGUUUACAUAAUUACAUGAUAAUGUACUCCUAUUUCUAUAUAUCAAAUAGAGCACAUUGGCAUUGAAUGAAA